CAGGCACCUAUUCGAUUCCCUCUAGUUCUGUUUUUAGGGAGACGAUUAUUUUAAAAACCCUUGACGAGACCCUGAAAUUUAGUUUCCCCUCCUUCAAACCAAAACCAUUGAUCGACAAAAUGACGAGAAACGCAGCACCGCCUGAUUACUAUGCCAUUCUAGAGGUUUCAGAGAAAGCCUCGGCAGCACAAAUUCGAGAUGCCUACAAGCGUGCUGCCCUGAAAACGCAUCCAGACCGAGUGGCCAACGACUCACCAGAGCGUGAACAGAGGACACGACGCUUCCAGCUCGUCAAUGACGCCUACUACACCCUCUCAGACCCUACCCGACGACAAGAGUAUGAUCUGCAGCGAGGAUACUAUCGCCGCUCGCCAGCGUCAGAUCCCUUUACGGAGGCAGACGACACUACGGGACAAGGCUAUUCGUGGGCGUGGGAUUUCUUCGAGAACGAGAACGGCGGAACUACCCCUGGCGGUCGCCAAGCAGCAGAAGAUGCACAGUUCAGCGACGCCUUUGAGGAAAUGAUGCAAGACGAGGGCUUCUCAGAAGGGAGGACGCCGAACCAACAAGGCGGUAACGCUUCAACCAUGUGGGGCAUGGUAGGCGCUGUAAGUGGCGGCGCUCUGGGAUUCAUCGUGGGCAAUGUCCCCGGACUGCUUGCUGGAGCAGUGGCCGGUAACCGACUCGGAGCGAUCAGAGAUACUAAGGGGAAGAGCGUUUACGAAGUCUUCCAGGAGCUUCCUCAAGAUGAUAGGGCAAGAUUGUUGAGCCAGCUGGCUGCAAAGGUGUUCAGCCAUGUCGCUAGCCCACCAUGAAUGCUGAGGAAGUGCCAAUUGGGAGGAAAGAGAAGGACUUGGACAAAAUGAAGCUUGGGUUUUCAUGUGAUACGAAUGAUGUUUUUCGAUCGGCAAGUUGCGCGAGGACUUUUUUUUUUUUUUACACGAAGAAUAAGAGAUGAGACAAUGGAAACGAAUCAUACCCUUCACUCACCAGUAUAUAGCUAUGGAAGUAGUAUUAGGUAGUAAAAGAAUACCAAAUAUCACUAGUUCAACAGUGA